GAAACAGAAAGGCGAGGAGAAUUUCAUUGGAGUCCAGAAAUCGAAGGACUAGCCUUAGGAGCUGUUUACUAUGGCCAGUUGGUAGGUUUCAUGCCUGGCGGCCGUAUGGCUGAAUUAUAUGGUGGGAAACGGACUCUCCUCAUAUUUCUUGCCUUGGCAUCUGCAUGUACAAUCCUAAUACCCUUGGCUGCAAAACUAUCAGUGUUUGCUUUCGUUGCAUGUAGGUUUCUUAUUGGAGUUGGAACAGCUCCUGUAAUACCUGUGCUAUUUUAUCUCAUAUCUCGAUGGAUUCCAGAUUCUGAGCGCAGUUUUAAUGCAUCUUUCAUCUUGGCGGGAUAUGGAGUGGGAGCUUUCCUAUCCUUCUUAACUGCUGGUAUGUUUUGCGCUUCCGAUUUCCUUGGUGGCUGGCCUGCGGUGUUUUACGUUGGAGGUCUGUGUGGCUUCGCCUGGUGUCUUCUGUGCUAUUUAUUAAUUUAUGAAACUCCAAGAGAUCAUCCGACAAUCACAGCUCGAGAGUUGGAUUAUAUCUCCAAACAUCUAGGUCCCACUGAUCAAAAGAAAAUAAAAAGAAUACCAUGGAAAUCCAUAAUGACAUCAAUUCCUUUCUGGUCCUUAGCAUUAGGAUAUUUUGGCCAAUUCUGGAUUCUUGGAUUUUAUUCCACAACUCAAGCUUUAUAUAUGGGUACCAUUCUUAACUUAGACAGCAUUACGAAUGGCGAAAUGUCUUGUCUUCCACCUUUAACACGGGGUUUAUUUGCUUGUCUGUGUGGUUACCCUGCUGACUGGCUUGUUAAAAAAGGAUAUGUGUCUGUUGGAUUUAUUAGAAAGGGAGCUACAUUAAUUAAUUCCAUAUUUUCAUGUAUGGGUUUCAUCGCCAUUCUUUUGGCCGGAUGCGAUCCUCUUCUAAACACAGUAUUUUUCACAAUAGGAGGUCUUCUAGGUGAUUUCAUAACAUUUGGUGUUUGCAUGGCGGGAGUUGAUAUUGCACCAAAUCUUACAGGCACAGUAUCUGGAAUAUUAAGCAUAGUUGGUGUCAUACCAUUUUUUGUCAUUCCAGCAUUAGUUGGAUGGUCAACAAAGUAUGAACGGUCUAUGGCUCAGUGGAGAUACGUUUAUUAUAGCACGAUAGGUGUCGUCGUGUUAACUACGGCUAUAUACUUAGCUUUCGGAACAUCAGACCCUCAACCGUGGGGAACAGGUGACGAAGAAAAUGAAUCGGAAGACAAUUUAGAAGCCACAGAACCUAUGAAACCUGAAUGACAGGAAAUUUAGAAAUUAGUUUCAAUUUUUUUACUGUACAUGCUUUGUACAUUUCCAUAUUUUGUAUUCCUAACUCCUAUACAUAACAUUUUACUCUC